CGGCGGUUCGGGCCUAGCCUAGCCUCUCGCAGGGCACCCUGUUCUCCAAGAUGCACUCAGGGCGCUCAGCGUAUGUUUGUUGCUAGAUUCUAGUGCGAUCUUUGAAAUAUGUGACUUAUUUUCUUUUUAAAGUUUAGUCAUCCUUUUGAGAAAAUAUUGAGAAAAUGUGAAUAACUUUAUUUGUACUGGUGGGCAAAUUAUUCAAGAUGCAGGAACUCGUUCAAGAGGGUCUGUCAAAUCUAUGCCGUCUCUGUGGCGAAGACGAUAGAGAAUGUUUUGAUUUGUUCGAUGACGAGCGCCAGGAAGAAGAGCUUCUCUUCAAAAUCGAACAAUCCGUCAGAAUAGCAAUAACUCAAGGCGAUGGUUUGCCAACUGGAAUUUGCACUCUGUGUCACGAUAAACUUACAGGGUACGCCACAUUUUACCAACAAUGUCAUGAUACGCAAGAUAGACUACAAGAAUUUCUCUCAAUAGAAUGUGCUAUGCAAAAGUCAAUUCAGGGUAAUCAAGAUGAGGAGGCUACUAAUGAUGAUGAUUAUGAUCAUGACGAUGAACACAAUUAUGAAGCCGAAACAGAGGAAGUUUACUACUAUGAAGAAGAAGGACCAGAUAAUGGCGUGGAAGAUAUGGAAGUAGUUGAAGCAGUAGAAGCGGGAGCAGUGGAAGAAGCAGAUGAAAGCUAUAUGAUAACUGAAAUUGAUCAAGACAACACCGAAGAAAGGUCUGUUGCAUCAAACUGCAAUGACAAAGAAGAGAGGAGUGUGAUAGCGAAGGACCCUGAACCAUUGCAUCCGUCACUUCCGCAGUUACAUCUUUAUGAGUCCGUAGACAAUGAAGAUCAAACCGCCCUCGAAAAUUCGUUAGGCAUUUCCAUCUUUGGUGAUUCUGAAAAGAACAGCCCAACAUUCAGGAAAGAGAUGGAUGUUCUACUUUGUGGUGAAACUGAUAGUCAACCAACAGUGUCCCAAUUGUCAUGUUGUUCAGAGCCCCAGCCUCUUACAUCUCCAAAUUUUAAUUUACAAGGAGAAGAAUUCUCGCUGGAUCAAGGUGGCAGCAUUCAUAUGAAUGGGUUUCCCCUGCCAGAAGAUCAGCAGUUACCCCUCCUUAAAAGUAUUGCUGAGAAGGAAACCAUUAAGGAAUCAGCAGCACUUACAUCCACUUCCAUUGAAACUAGGCCUGGUUCUGAUAAUCUUGUGGUUGGUGACGUAGGGCCAGUUAUCACUCAACUGCAAACUCCAGUUAAGGAUGUUUCAGUAGAUCCACAGUUUGAAAAAUUAAUGAACUCACAACUAUUUUCUUCCCAGUUUGAGAACCCAGCCUCUAAAGAAGCGUAUGUUUCUCUCACAGAAAAUCCAUCUGCUAUUGAAUCUUAUGUUCCCCACCUUCAAAAACCCCUUUUAAGCCAAUCUUGUACUCCCAGUAUAAAUGUUGGUAAUCAAGGUAUUGGAUCUAUAUGUUGUGAUCCUAGUAUUCGAUGCAAUUCUGUACCUGAAGUGGAAAACAAGGAUUUGAAUGAUUCAGCCACAAUUUUGUCUGUAAAUGCUAGCAUUGUUGGGGCAGUUGGUGAAAUCAAAUUUCAACGUAACAUGGGUGGAGUAAAAAUAGUAUUCCCUCCAACUACUGCUGAGAAAAAUAUCAGUUUUGAUGACCUAAUCAAUCUCUUCUCUCACAAUGAAGUUCGUCAAGCAUUUUGUGCAGAAAGUAAGGAGGAAGAUAUAAUUCAACAAUUGGUGCAACAGGGGUUGGGCAGUGAAGGGGUAACUCCCAGUGGAAGAGCCUCCUCUUUGUCCCAAACCAGUUCCCUUGAUUUACCAAAUAGUCUCUUGAGUCCAAUGUCAUCUGUUUGUGAUUCAUGGAGCUGGGAAAUAUCACAGUUACUCAAUGGGGAUGAAAAUAGCAAUGAUGGUGGUGGCAACAGAAGUGAAUUAAAUACCCCAGUUGUAAAUUUGCCCACACGGCGGGUGGACCCUUGUAAUUUUGAAACACCAAUGCAAUUUGUGUCCCUUCCAAGUACUGUACCUGUGGUUAAAAAUUCAUCUGGUCAUGUCUCUGAUAGCUUUGAUAGCACAAGGAAUAUUUCAACUAGUGAACAAAUGAACGUGAAAUUCACUGGAAACUUUGAAUCUCCUAUCUGUAGUAUUCCUAUCAGUAGCUCACUGUCUUUACCAGGAUCAGGACACUUUGGUAUUGCAUCUGAAAGUGAUCAAAUGAAUGGAGGUGGCAGGUUUUCCAUUCCUACCCACUUGAAUGAAGUGAAAUUGUCGUCAUCGGAGUGUGUCAAUAUGAACAUGCCCCAACGUGUUUUCACUCCACUCCAAGUUCAAAUUCCUGAGGAACUUGAUUCAGCCGUGAGAAUGUCAAGGACUUUAAAUUCAUGUAAUACUUACUUUGAAGAGUUAAGUCUAGGAAUAUCUCCAGUACUUGAUCUAGACCCUAAUGUUGCAACUGUACGUGUGUCAUGCCCACCUACUGAAAACUCUCAGCACUCUCUGUUCAAAAGAGAACUUGGUAUUAUUACCCCCAUUCAAACCGUUGAGCAUGCACAGAGGUCAGACAAAGCUUCUGCCUUGGUUAAUAGCUCUGAUUCAGGCUCUAAAGAUGUUGACUGUGACAUAAAAGAAGUAUCUGUUGAUAUUAUAAUUGAUGAUGGGAAAACAAACUGGCUGAAGCUUCUUCCUGACCCCACAGAUGAGUUCAUCAAGAAAGUUUCACACAAGUGUUUUAAAUGCCAUAUCUGUUCCAAAAGCUUCAGAUUUAAGUUUCAGGUACAGAGGCACAUAAAAACCAACCAUUCUACUGAAAAACCUUACAUCUGUGCUGUAUGUGGAGCAACCUUUAGUAUUAAGUAUUACCUCACAAGGCACAUGAAAGUUCACGAUUCAAACAACAAAUUUAAAUGUAAAGACUGCAAUCGUGAAUUUACGAGACGAUAUCAAUUGUUAGAACAUGAGCAGUCUCAUAAGGGGCUCCCUCGUCUUAAAUGUGAUCUUUGUGAAAAAAUGUUUAGUAGUAAAAGUGCAUUUAAUGUUCAUAGAUCCAUAUGUCCAUUAAGUAUGCAGUCUUAUAUCUGUGAUAUUUGUGGUAAAACCUACGCCGGGCUUACUGCUCUUAACCACCAUCGCAUGCGGCAUGAGCCUUUUAAAAAAUUCAAAUGUACUAUGUGUGAAUCUUCAUUCCAUACUCACUGGCAACUUGUUAAGCAUACAAAGAGACAUGCAUCUCAGGGUCUGUAUCUUUGUAGAUACUGCUCUUUAGCAUUUAAUACUACAACCAAUUUGAAAAAGCAUACUGCAAAGUGUCCAGCACUAACUGUGAAUAAAGUUGCUAAAGAUCUCUCUACCAAAACUGAUUGAAUGAAAUGAACUUUGCUGCAUACUUUGACCAGUGUUACAAACUAAUGAACUUUCUUUUAAGACAUUGCUUUCUUUAUCUGCAUAUUUUGACCAGUGUUACAAACUAAUGAACUUUCUUUUAAGACAUUGCUGUAUUUGUUAUCUCAUUGCUGGUUGUACCAAAAAAGAAAUUCAAGUGACUGUUACCAUUUUUGUUACAAAAUAAAACUGACUUUCUUUGAGAAUCAA